AUGUUGAAAUGUAGCACAGGAAAAGAACUUAAAGAUAAUCUCAUAGACAGAAAGAGUAAGGAAUACGGAGUUUCUUCGUCAGAUAGAUACGUAAAAGUCAAUAAAGAACACAUGAUUGAAGUACGAAAAAUAAGAAAGAAAUUAAUUGGAUUGACAGGAUCGGAAAUACAGGAUACCGUUCAUGAGCAAGUGAUUAAAACCACCAGAGUAAAUGUAUAG